AUGCAGCCCCAGCGACGCCGGCGUGAGUCCCUCACGCCCCAGCAGCUGCGUGAGUGGUACGCUGGUUGGGGCUGUAGGGGUGGCGACGCUACUCCUACUACCACUUCUGCUGCUUCUACUCGUGGUGGCGGCCAGAUGCAGCUCCCGCGACCCUCUCGCGUGUCUCUCACGCCUCGCCAGCUUCGUGAGUGGUACGCUCAGAGUGGAGGGUCUCUCAGUGCUGUUCGCUGCUCUUACGUUAUUCGCACUGGUACUCGGACUGGUCAGCCUUGUGGGACACGUAGUCAUACACCGUCCCGCUGCUUCGCCCGUCUGAGCGACGCCUGGCGUACCGUGUUUGGCGACGAGGCUGAGCUUCCCGACUGGGUGGAGUUGCUUAGGCAGAGGGUAGAUAUAUAUGCUCUUGACUAUGAUGCUAUUCUCACUGCCAUGUAUGCAUUGCCUACUAGUGCUGACCGUGCCGGUCACCUGUGCGUCCCGCCUGACCCAGGUAUAGGACCUGCUGCUCUAGCUACUGGUGAGGCUGCUGCUCUGGGUGCUAGUGACUCUCCUGCUCCAGGUACAGGUGCGGCUGCUGCUCUAGGAGCUAGUGAGUCUGCUUCCUCAGGUGCGGGUGAGGCUGCGCUCUCAGGUACCGCGUUGGCUUCGGCCUCCCUCACCUUUACACUUGACUCUGGGGCUUCUCGCUCCUUCUUUCGGGACCGCACCACACUCACGCCGCUUGGUCGGCCGGUUGCAGUCUCCCUGGCUGACCCCUCUGGGGGUCCUGUCCUCGCUCACUUCUCCACUGUCCUCCCGUGUCCGGCUGCCCCCUCGGGCACCCUGUCUGGCCUGUACCUCCCCUCGUUCUCGACGAACUUGGUGAGUGGUGCAGACCUACAGGAUGCGGGGGUUCACCAGUUCACUCCUGCGAGUCAGCGGGUGACCCACUGCACGGACGCACGCACAGGCCGGCACCUGGCCACGUUCUCGCGUCGGCCGGGGUCGAGUCUCUACACCCUGACCACUGAGUCUCCUUCUGUCCCCGCGUCCGGUCAGGUAGCAGCGUCGGGUCAGGUGUUUGCUGCUGCGUCCAGGUCUGGUCCUGAGUCUGCCCCCUGUUCGUGUCGCCUCCUGUCUCACGAGACUCUUCUGUGGCACCACCGUCUAGGCCACCCCUCCUUGCCCCGUCUUCGGGGCAUGGCUUCCCGUGUCCUUGUCUCUGGUCUUCCCCAGUCUCUCCCUCCCCUUCCUUCGGGACCAGGACCUUCCUGUGUCCCCUGUGUCGAGGGGCGCCUCAGGGCUGCUCCUCACUCCUCCCAGUUUCCCCCGACAGAGGCUCCUCUGCAGACGCUUCACAUGGACGUGUGGGGCCCGGCCCCCGUCCGUGGGGAGUUCUCCUCUCGCCUUCUGCGAGACUACUGUCGUGCACAGGGGAUCCGCCAGACCUUUACGCUUCCGGACUCUCCACAACAAAAUGGGAUUGCUGAGCGCCGCAUUGGCAUGGUCAUGGAUGUCGCUCGUACGUCCAUGAUGCAUGCGGCUGCCCCCCAUUUUCUGUGGCCGUUUGCGGUUCGGUACGCGGCGCAUCAGCUCAACCUUCACCCCAGGGUCUCUCGGCCCGCGAUGUCCCCAGUGUUACUGUGGACGGGGAAGGUCGGCGAUGCGUCUGCGUUCCGUGUCUGGGGAUCUCGGGCUUUUGUCCGCGACUUGUCUGCGGACAAGCUGUCCCCCCGUGCUGCUCCCUCUGUCUUCCUUGGCUUCCCCCCUGACGCUCCGGGGUGGCAGUUCUACCACCCCUCCUCUCGUCGUGUUCUGUCCUCCCAGGACGUCACGUUCGACGAGUCAGUCCCCUUCUACCGCCUCUUCCCCUACCGUACUCCUUCCCUCCCCCCCCCACUGGACUUCCUGGUACCAGUUCCCCCCCCGGUAGACCCCCUCCCCCCUCAGGUUCCUGCCCCUUCAGGUGUGUCCCAGGUAGACACGGUCGAGCCAGUCGAGGUUGCUGCUGAGUCUGGUCCUGCUGCGGGUGCUGAGCCUGGGGGUGCUGCUGCUGGGGGUGCUGAGCCUGGGGGUGCUGAGCCUGGGGGUGCGAGGCCGGGGGGUGCUGAGUCUGGGGGUGCUGAGCCGGGGGGUGCUGAGCCGGAGGGUGCUACGUCAGGAGCUGCUGAGCCUUGGGGUGCUGGGCCUGGAGGUGCGGAGCCUGCGCCUGCUGGACCUGGGGGCUCUCCGGUUCUUCCGUCUCGGCGGGAGCCGCUCUCUCCACAGGAGCUGCGCGAGUGGUUUGCUCGCCGCUGGAGGCGUGCUGCUGGAGCUGGAGCUUCUUCGCCUGCUGAGGGUGCUGCCGGUCCCGGAGCUGCUGGGCCUGCGGGUCCUACUGGAGCUGGAGCUACUGAGUCUGGGGGUGCUGAGUCUGGAGCUGCUGAGCCUGGAGGUGCUGAGUCUGGAGCGGCUGUGCCUGGGGGUGCUGAGUCUGGAGCUGCUGAGCCUGGGGUUUCUCCUGCUGCUGCGUCUCGCCGAGAGCCCCUCUCUCCACAGGAGCUGCGUGAGUGGUUUGCUCGCCGCUGGAGGAGUGCUGCUGGAGCUGGAGCUUCGUCGACCGUCGAGGGUGCUGGUGCUGCCGGUCCCGGAGCUGCUGGGCCUGCGGGUCCUACUGGAGCUGGAGCUGCUGAGGGUGUUGGUGCUGAGACUACUGCUGUCUGUCCUGGCGGUGGUUCUGCUACUGGUGCUGCUGGAGGUCCUGCCGCUGGAGGUGUUGGUGGCGCUGGUGCUGUCGCUGAGGGUGCUGGUGCUGUCCCUGCUGAGUCUGGAGCUGCCGCGCGGCCUCGGCCGUACUUCGUUCCGCUCCUACAGCAGGUUCUUGGUCUUUCUCCUUCGGUAGAGUGUCCACAGCCUGUCCAGUCGCAGUCACUGUUGGAGCCUUCCUCUCCUCUGCCUGCUCCCUCUCCUUACACUGGUCCUACUGGAGGUCUUGCUGAGCGUCGUGAGCCUGCGUCUCGUCCCGCGUCGCCUUCGAACUCUCUUCGCGCUGCCAGUCCUACUGUCACGCGUCUGCUUGCUACUGUCGUCACUGACCCCUCUUUUGAGUCCACUGCUGCGUCUGCUCUAGUCGCUGAGCUCGUUGACUUUGCUGCUCGCUGUCGUCUCGACUACGCUGCUGGUCUUGUUGCUGAGUCUGCGUCUGUCUGUCCUCCGUCCGUCGGGGGUGAGUGUGCUCUUGGCACGGACGUCCUAGAGGACAGACAGGAGGAGUUACAGUGUCUAGCGGCUGCUUCACCUCAUCUCGCGUCUGUACUGCUUGCCCCUGAGGGAGACCCGGAUGCACUAGACAUCCCGACUCCGCGUUCUUACGCGGAGGCCGUAGAGGGUCCCUACUCCUCUCAGUGGCAGGCAGCUAUGGAUGCAGAGAUGGCUUCCUGGAAGUCCACAGGCACCUACGUUGACGCGGUUCCCCCUCCUGGGGCGAACAUCGUCAGUGGCAUGUGGAUCUUCAGGGUGAAGCGGCCGCCGGGCUCUCCACCUCUCUUCAAGGCGCGGUACUUUGACUACUUUCAGACCUUCUCUCCCACCCCGAAGAUGACCACUCUUUGGGUGCUGCUGCACAUAGCCGCUCAGCGCGACUACGAGCUUCACUCUCUCGACUUCAGCACUGCGUUCCUGCAGGGUAGCCUGCACGAGGAGAUCUGGCUGCGCCGUCCACCUGGCUUCACUGGGAAUUUCCCUCCUGGCACCCAGUGGAGCCUCCGACGGCCAGUCUACGGUCUCCGCCAGGCACCGCGUGAGUGGCACGACACACUGAGGACUACGCUUGCGGCUCUUGGGUUUGCUCCUUCUACUGCUGACCCGUCGCUGUUUCUGCGCACCGACACUUCACUGCCGCCGUUCUACAUCCUCGUGUACGUCGACGACUUGGUCUUUGCCACAGCGGACACUGCUGGACUCGCCUACGUGAAACCAGAGCACAUGGCUGCAGCGAAGAGGGUAUUGCGCUACCUGUGCAGUACGUCGGGCAUGGGGCUUGUGCUUGGAGGGCGGAGUCCAGUGGUCCUUACCGGCCACGCGGACGCUUCUUGGGCUGACGACCAGGCUACGCAGCGGUCGUCACAGGGUUACACCUUCAGCCUUGGUUCCGGCUCUGUCUCGUGGCGGUCUACUCGCUCGUCUUCGGUUCUCGGCUCCAGUUGUGAGGCUGAGAUCUACGCCGGGGCCAUGGCUGCACAGGAGCUUCGCUGGCUCACCUACCUGCUGACUGACCUUGGAGAGCCGCCUCGUUCUCCUCCAGUGCUGUACGUAGACAACAAGGCCAUGCUGGCCUUGUGUCGAGAGCAGCGCUUGGAGCACAGAACGAAGCACAUUGCUCUCCGCUACUUCCUUGCUCGUGAGCUGCAGCAGCGUGGUCAGUUGCGACUUGCGUACGUGGCCUCUGAGGCCAACACUGCUGAUGUGUUCACCAAGGCACUCGCGCCUUGUGAUCAUCAGCGCUUUUGCACCCAGCUGGGUCUUGUGUCUGUCUUGCCUCACUUGCUCUCCUCUUGA